GUUUUAGAAUAGCUGCUUGUUUUAGAAUAGUUGUGCUGAUUUUGAGUUUUGUGGUGUAAUUGUAAACAUUUUUUGAAUCCAGUUUGGACUUUGGAGAGAAACAAAAGUCUUGAAAUGCAAUCAGUGAAGGAGAAGGUGAGUAACAUGGCCAGGGCUGCUAAGGAGCAAGUUAACAAUACUCGAGGCAAAGUUGAAGAGAAGAUAGAAAACGCAUCGGCGAGGACACCAGAGGAGAGGGAGAUGGCCCAUGAGAGAAGGAAAGACAAGGAAGCCCGGGCAAACAUGGAGUUUCACGAAGAGAAAGCACAGCACAAGGCCGACAGAUUGGAUGCGAAGCAGCACGCUCACCUUUACGUCGGCCACCAUCAACAGCUGGGCAAAUAUGAGUAUCUCAUUCCGAUGCCUGGUGGUGAGUAUCCCAUGCGCAGCUCCCCUACUGCCAGGGCAACUCCGACGAGUUGUGCUACAGAUUCCACUGACCCAAUCAGAUUGGAUGCCCACCACCAGCAUGGCAAACGUGAGUACCCGAUUCCGACACCCGGUGGGGAGUAUCCCAUGGGCGGCGCCACUACCAAAAGGGCGGCUCCGAUAACUGGUGCCAUGGAUCCCAGUACUCCAUGUUGCUGAACACCCUUCCGCAAUCAAGUAUAUAUAUAUAUAUAUAUAUAUUAAUAUUAUAUUCAUAAAACCGCAACUUGUGUUUGUGAUGUUGCGAACUUGCGAUGUUAUUUGUACUUUAGUGUCCUUGUCUUCUCUUUUGUCAUAUAUUUUGUAAAGAAUAAAAACCAGUUACAAUAAUAACCCAGUUCGUUUGUGAA